ACCGGAAGAGCGGAAGCCUGGAGGCUAGAGCAGCUGCGUCCUGACCUCAGGAGACGUUCUUCCCUGGCAUCCUGCCCCUUGGCGAGUUUGAUGCGUGGGAGCGUCACUUCACUUUUCCCUGGCACUCUUUGCCUCAGUUUCCCCCUCCCUACCUUGUCACCAGCCCAGGCGCUCUCUUGCCCCAGUCGUCCCUCCCCCUACCCCCUUGUACGGUCCUCUGCGGGGCCGCACGAACCCCAGGAAGAGAAGCCCCCAACCCUCGCCAUGCAGCGCCUCGGACCCUGGUCCCGGGAGGCCUGGGCCGCGCUGGCCCUCCCGUUGCUGCGACCUCCCCGCGCCCUGUGCGCCGGGGCCACGCUGCUUUUCCGCCGGGUGCAGCCUCCAGCGCGGGAGUUUGCAGAGGCCAGGCUGAAGACUCAGCUGGAAUCAGAUAAAGAGAAAUCCAAUUUUGUUAUCAAGACUCCCAAGGGUACCAGAGAUCUUAGCCCUCAACAGAUGGCUAUUCGAGAGAAAAUCCUUAAUGCUGUCAUCAGCUGCUUCAAGCGCCAUGGAGCUAGAGGGCUAGACACACCAGCAUUUGAACUAAAGGAGGUGCUAACAGAGAAGUACGGAGAGGACUCCAGACUCAUCUAUGACCUGAAGGAUCAGGGUGGGGAGCUACUGGCACUUCGAUAUGACCUCACAGUUCCUUUUGCUCGUUAUUUGGCCAUGAAUAAGAUAAAGAAGAUGAAGCGCUAUCACGUUGGGAAGGUGUGGCGACGGGAGAGUCCCUCCAUAACCCAAGGUCGUUACCGGGAGUUUUGCCAAUGUGAUUUUGACAUUGCAGGUCAUUUCGAUCCUAUGAUCCCUGAUGCAGAGUGUUUAAAGAUCAUAUAUGAAGUCCUAAAUGCGUUGCAGUUGGGGGACUUCUUAAUUAAGGUGAAUGACCGGCGAAUUCUGGAGGGGAUGUUUGCUGUCUGUGGUGUCCCUGAUAACAAAUUCCGAUUUAUCUCUGCUUCAGUGGAUAAGCUGGGCAAGAUAUCCUGGAAGGACGUGAGACAAGAGAUGGUAGGAAAGCUGGCUCUGGCCCCUGAAGUGGCAGAUUGCAUUGGGGUUUACAUUCAGCAGCACGGUGGAGUGUCCCUGGUAGAGCAGCUACUGCAGGAUCCCAAACUCUCACAGAACAAGCAGGCCCUGGAGGGAUUGAGGGACCUGAAACUGCUGUUUGAGUAUCUGACCCUGUUUGGAAUUACAGAGAAGAUCUCCUUUGACCUGAGCCUGGCCCGAGGCCUGGACUACUACACAGGCGUGAUCUAUGAAGCAGUGCUUCUUCAGACCCCAGCCCGACAGGGGGAGGAACCACUUGGUGUGGGCAGUGUGGCUGCUGGAGGGCGCUAUGAUGGGCUUGUUGGCAUGUUUGACCCCAAGGGCCGCAAGGUGCCAUGUGUGGGACUCAGCAUUGGGGUCGAAAGGAUCUUCUCCAUUGUGGAACAGAGGAUGGAGGCCACUGAGAAAAUUCAAGGGACAGAGACACAGGUCCUUGUGGCUGCAGCACAAAAGAAUUUCCUUAAAGAACGGAUGAAACUGAUUGCAGAACUCUGGGAGGCUGGGAUCAAGGCUGAGAUGCUAUAUAAGAAGAACCCAAGUUUCCUGACUCAGCUGCAUUACUGUGAGGAGAGAGGCAUUCCACUGGUGGCCAUUAUUGGGGAGCAAGAGCUAAGAGAUGGUGUUAUUAAGCUUCGUUCUGUGGUCAGCAGGGAGGAGGUGGACAUUAAACGGGAAAAUAUUGUAACUGAAAUCCAGAGGAGAAUGUCUGAAUCCUGAUCCUGCCUGUUCUUCAUCCGCUUGUUCAAUUGGUGAAGGCCCUAUCCAGUUUCACAUUUGGGUCAGGGUAGACUACACAUCCCUUCUACCUCCUUCCUGCAGCUCCCUCUUCAGUCCUUGUUUGGAGGUGGGGGAGUAUCAGUGGAACAUGGGCUCCUGAAUCCUGUUGCUUUAAAUCAGUGGUGUUUGAGAGGAAGCGGAGCAUCCACUUUUAACAGGUGGGGAUAGUGACUUCUAGAAUAAGAAUGUCACAGAGACACUAGUAUGUUUGUACUAUCACUGACUGCAAAGAAGAUGUAAGUUGAACUGUGUUCUCUGAGCAGUCAUUGAGGGAGUUAAACUCUGAAGAAAUCUUGAACUGAGGGAGUUCUUUCUGAGGUCAGAACUCAAACCUUCAGUUACGGUCUGAACCCACCAGGAAAAAAGCUUGGCUGUCCCAGAGAUAUGCUUCUAGCCUGUUACUAUCUUGCUUUGGGUGUUGGAAGGAGAUGGGCAGGAGGGAGGAGUGGAUGUCCAGAUUGAGUCCACACUCCAACGAGAUCAAAAAGGCAUGGUGUAGCUCCCUUCCUAGCUUUUCUCACUUGUGCUAGGGAUAAACUAAUGCUUAGCUUCGUCAUGGUCUCGGAUGUUGAACCGAGCAGGUCACUUAUGCUCUCCGAGCUCCAGUUCCUUAUCUGUAAAAUGAAGAGGUUGAACCAGAUGACCUCCGAGGUGCCUUCUAGGUUGUACAUACAUGAAAUAUGUCCCCAUGAACUGCAACAACAAAAAGGAAUACUUGAUAAGGGUGAGAUUGGUGCUUUCUUCCCCUCCACUGAUUCUAGGUUAUACAACUAUCAUAUUGCGAUCUUUUCCCUGGGCCAGAAUAGCUGCUGUUGUUAUCCUGUGGCUUGCCACAUGAGUAGCUAUUUGGAGAUGAUUUUUAUAAUAUACUAAAUGUAACUAAUUUAGACACUUUGUAAUUAGAAGCAUUUGAUUUACAUUCGGCAUGGGGAAUGAUUUGGGUAUAAAAAUCUGGGCUAUCUCUGACCUGGGAAUGUAGCUUUCCUUUUACAUCUUCAGACGUUGCAGUGGAGAUGUUUCUGUUCUCAGGAUCCCCAGUACUUAACUAUAGUUAUUCUGUUAUUCUCGGGAAGGUGCCAAGUUCUGAGUGGCAUCUAGUGUCUCGGCCCUUCAUUAUGCACCCAGUAGCGGGCACUGAAAUAAACUAGUCUCCUUUGUCGUUACAACACUGGAGGAAUACACCCAGGCUCCUAAUGUUCUGGUGAUACUGAAUGUUUGCAGCAUAAAUGUUCACAGCCUAUCAUCCCUUUAUGGCUCCUUUGCUCCAUUGUUGGUAAUGCCUAACUAAAACUACGCCUGCAAAGUUCUUUAUGCUCGGAAGACAAGUUUUGGCUUUUCUGGAUUUUAGGGUUCACUGCCACCCCGUAGACCCCCACUCCAGGCCCGCCUUCGGCUGCCGAAGACCAUGGGAGUUGGGGGCGGGGAGGGUUCCUGGGUUCUUCCCUCGCUGUGGCUUCAUCUUCUGGGCAGAAUCGGGUCGGCCUCGGACCCUGAAGGAACUGGCCCCUUCGUGGGACCCUCUUGCCGAACAUUUAGGGCCGGUGUCAAACGUCCGGCUCCCAUCUCCUCGCCCCGGGGACGUGUUCCUUCCCGGGCAUUCGGGUUCUGUUUACUGCUGUGUGUCAGCCACAACCCCUGGGAUCAGCGUCCACGUCUGUACAACGAGAGUUAGGCCUGAGCUUCGAUUUUGUAAGAGACAUUGCAGCGAUCAUGUCGAGAAAUAAAACGUUCUUCCCGUU